AUGAAGGAUGCCGCAUAUUGUCCAGUUGACGAUGGCAGUGACUGCCGCGGGAGCAGCAGUCUUGACAAAGACGAAGCCAGACGAGUGCUUCUUAGCAAGCCGUUUGAGGACCAUGGGGUCCAUUCCAGCCCACCUAUGAGCCGAAAGCAUUUGCUAUUCGGAUUGUUCUGUGUGGUCCUACUGAUGUUGAACACUGUGAUGCUUGUUUUCAACCUCUGGACAACCACGCCCCAUUCCCGCAAAGAAGGCUUCAUUCAGAAGCCUACAGAUUACUGGUUGCCAGGCUUUGAAAGUGGAAUCGUUUACGAGAAACGACAAUUCUAUAGCGCUCAUUCGGAUUACGCGGGUGUGGGACCGGAGGUAGAUGCCAAAUGGCAUGACUUGACAAGAGGUGCAAUGGGCAUCAGUCGCCAGCAGCUGACAGCACUGAACAAUCAUCCCGAUGUUGCAGUACGAAUCGAAAACGCUGGCCCUGACCAAGAGUAUAUGGCGACCUUUGACGUUCUUCACCAAUUACACUGUGUUGACCUCCUGCGGAAAGGUAUCCACAUGGAUUACUACAAAGACAAAGAUGAGCAUUUCGUGAAUCAAACAGAUGAGCGUAUCUUCUUUCACUUAGACCACUGCGUUGAUAUACUUCGUCAGACCCUAAUGUGCAACGAUGACCUCUCCUUGGUGACCUACAACUGGGUGCAAGGCUUGGACAUCCCGUUCCCGAAUUUCAAUACAUACCAUACCUGCAAGAAUUGGGACACGUUCUUUGCGUUGAACCAGAAGCUCGAUGUUAGUGCCAGGUGGGAAGGCAGUAAGGUCGUUGAGGAAUACCCGAUACCCAGAAAGCCGGAACAUGUCGAUGGCAUGUGGCCACCUCCUUGA